UGUGAAGACUCCCGCGUGAUGGAAUGGGAAGGGGGAAGGAGAGGGAGGAGUCAGAGAACUCUGAAAUUGGACGCCAGAGGCAGUGCCUAAAUCGAGAGGCUGCGAAGAAGGUCAGGUAUGGGGCGAAGAUAAGGCAGCCUGACCUCCCGGCAUAUAAAUCCUGCCUCAGACACUUGCCAAACGUGUGGCUCUGGGUGAGUCACUAAACCCUUCUCUCCCUCACUUUCCUUGUUUGUAAAAUGAGGAAGCUCACUCGUCUCUCAGGCUCUUCCAGCUCUGCAUCUGGGAUGCUGUGAGUUCCAAAUCUGAGCGCAUUAACCCCUCCGGGGCAUAGUCUCCGGAGGUCCUGAGCCUCAGAGGGGGCAGGAUGGAGGGCAGGAGGGCAAAGGGAACAGCUGGAUAAGCACCCCACGCGAUCCGCUGGAGGAGACCGGACCUGUCUGGGCUGUGCUAUCAUACAAAGCAAAAUGGACUGGACAGGAGCCAGAAGGGAAGAAAUGGAAAGGAGGCCUGGGAGCAGCUGUGACCUGAGGCCCUGACAGUGGUCAGGUACUGACCUAGCCUUUGUGAAGAUCAUCUGGACAAUCCCCAAGGGCAGGUGAUGAUGGGAGAGAGGAUGCCCCAUCCAGCAGCCUGACAGGGUGACGUGGGUCACACCAUCCAACAGAAGACCAGGUACCCACCUGCUGUCUAAACAACACAACCAUGCUGAAGCCCAGUGGGCUAAAGAUCCCCAACCGGGGGGGCAAGCACUCCAGCCCCGUGGGCCGAACCUCUUCUGGGUCCUCCUCGGCAGUGGCCACUACCAGCUCUAAGGAAGGCUCUCCUCUGCACAAGCAGGCAUCUGGACCCACGGCGGCCACUGCCACCCCCGCAGAGAAGCCGUGUCCCAAGGUGGCAGAGGUCGGUGAUGACUUCUUGGGGGACUUCGUGGUGGGCGAGCGGGUCUGGGUGAACGGGGUGAAGCCCGGAGUCGUCCAGUAUUUGGGAGAGACGCAGUUUGCCCCGGGCCAGUGGGCCGGUGUGGUCUUGGAUGACCCCGUGGGCAAGAAUGACGGCUCUGUGGGUGGCGUGCGCUACUUUGAGUGCCAGCCGUUACAGGGCAUCUUCACCCGACCCUCCAAACUGACGCGGCAGCCCACCGCCGAGGGCUCAGGCAGCGACGCCCACUCUGUGGAGUCGCUGACAGCCCAGAAUCUAUCCCUGCACUCUGGCACGGCGACACCCCCUCUGUCCACACGGGUUAUCCCCCUGCGGGAGAGCGUCCUCAACAGCUCCAUGAAGACGGGGAACGAGUCUGGCUCCAACCUCUCAGACAGCGGCUCAGUGAAGAAGGGAGACAAGGACCUGCGGCUCGGAGAUCGUGUCCUGGUUGGCGGGACGAAGACGGGCGUUGUGCGCUACGUUGGGGAGACAGACUUCGCCAAGGGGGAGUGGUGUGGCGUGGAGCUGGACGAGCCCCUUGGGAAGAACGAUGGGGCCGUGGCAGGGACCAGGUACUUCCAGUGUCCCCCCAAAUUUGGCCUCUUUGCUCCCAUCCACAAAGUCAUCCGGAUCGGCUUUCCAUCCACCAGUCCAGCCAAGGCCAAGAAGAGCAAGAGGAUGGCGAUGGGCGUCUCGGCUUUGACCCACAGUCCCAGCAGCUCCUCCAUCAGCUCGGUCAGCUCCGUGGCCUCUUCUGUUGGGGGCCGGCCCAGCCGCAGCGGAUUGUUGACAGAGACAUCCUCCCGCUAUGCCCGCAAGAUCUCCGGCACCACGGCCCUACAGGAGGCUCUCAAGGAAAAGCAGCAGCACAUUGAACAGCUGUUGGCUGAGCGAGACCUGGAGCGGGCCGAGGUAGCCAAGGCCACAAGCCACAUCUGUGAAGUGGAGAAGGAGAUUGCAAUCCUGAAGGCUCAGCAUGAGCAGUAUGUUUCAGAAGCGGAAUCCAGCCUCCAGCGAGCCCGGGCACUGGUGGAGAGCCUGCAGAAGGAGAAGGUGGAGUUACUGAACCAACUGGAAGAGGAGAAGAGGAAAGUGGAAGAUCUCCAAUUCCGUGUUGAAGAGGAAUCUAUCACAAAGGGGGACCUAGAGACUCAGACGCAGCUGGAGCAUGCUCGAAUUGGAGAGCUAGAGCAGAGCCUGCUGUUUGAGAAGGCACAGGCAGAAAAGCUGCUCAGAGAGUUAGAGGACAAUCGGAUGACGACGGUGGCGGAGCAGUCACGGAUCCUGCAGCUGGAGGAGGAGCUGAGCCUCCGGCGGGGGGAGAUCGAGGAGCUGCAGCAGUGUCUGCGGCACGCGGGCCCCUCGGACCCCGCGGACACCAGCCCGUCCUCUGAGGCCCUGCGGCUCCGCGAGCAGCUUCUGUCGGCCAGCAAAGAGCACCAGAAGGAAAGCGGGCUGCUCAGGGACAAGUACGAGAAGGCGCUAAAGGCCUACCAGCUCGAGGCGGACAGGCUGAAGGCCACCAAUGAGAAGUACGCUCAGGAGAUCGCAGACCUAAAGCACAAGGUCCAGCAGGCCACCAGCGAGAACAUGGGGCUGAUGGACAACUGGAAGGCCAAGCUGGACACGCUGGCCUCCGACCACCAGAAGUCGCUGGAGGACCUGAAGGCCACCCUGCACUCGGGCCCCAACACCCAGCACAAGGAGAUCGUGGAGCUGAAGGCCGUGAUGGAGAGCAUCAAGCUGGAGCACCAGCUGGAGCUGGGCAACCUGCAGGCCAGGCACGACAUCGAGACCGCCCUGCUGGCCAAGGAGAAGGAGGACCUCCUGGGCAAGCUGGAGCAGGCCCGCGCCGAGCUGGGGGAGGCCAAGGACCAGUGCAGGGGCGCGGAGCUGCGGGCCCGCGAGCUCGGCAAGCUGGACGGCGAGUGCAAGGAGCAGGCCCAGGCUAUCGACUUCCUGAAGGAGCAGAUCUCCCUGGCGGAGAAAAAGAUGUCAGACUACGAGGCCUUGCAGAGGACGGAGGCCCGGAGCAAACAGGAAAUCCAAAGGUUACAGGAAAAACUCUUGGUGACAGAGAACAAACUGCAAGCCAUGGAGUCACUCUGCUCUUCUCAGAACCCUGAUGUGAUUGAGACAAAUGACAUUUCAGAAGAGAAGAUCAGAAUGAAACAGACUAUGGAGGACCUACAGGACAAGCUGAGUAAGAGAGACAAGGAGGUGGCGUCCUUGGUAUCACAGACCGAGAUGCUCAAGGCCCAAGUAAGUGCACUGGAAGGCAAGUGUAAAUCAGGAGACAAGAAGGCAGAUGCCCUCCUGAAGGAGAAGAAGCGGCUAGAAGCUGAGCUCGAGACUGUGUCCCGGAAGACCCAUGAUGCCUCUGGGCAGCUAGUGCUCAUUAGCCAGGAGCUGCUGAAAAAGGAACGGAGUCUGAACGAGCUGCGGGCACUGCUGCUCGAAGCCAAUCGUCACUCCCCCGGGCCUGAGAGGGACCUGAGCCGAGAGGUGCACAAGGCCGAGUGGAGGCUCAAGGAGCAAAAACUCAAGGAUGACAUCCGGGGGCUGAGAGAGAAGCUGGUUGUGCUGGACAAAGAGAGAGCUGCAUCGGACCAAAGGCGCUACUCCCUGAUUGACCCGUCCUCGGAGUCGGAGGUCCUACGGCUCCAGCACCGCCUGGUCAGCACGGAGGACGUCCUGCGCAGUGCCCUGGAGCAAGGCCAACAGAUGGAGAAGCUGAUGGAGGCCAUGAGGAGUCCCCCUGAGAAAUCCCAGACCAUUGGCAAUUCUGCUUCCACCAAUGGCAUCCAUCAACAAGACAAGACCCGGAAACAAGAGGAGAAGCACUGACCACAGGAAAAGGUGGAGAGAGGCCCAUUACACGCCGGGAUUCACGCACUCGCCUGGGCAGCCAUACACCCCACCGCUCACCUCUGGCUUCUCCUCCAGGCACUUGGCCCAGAUUGUCCCUUCUGAGACAGCAAUGGUGUUUGUAACAAUAGUGUACUAACAGAUGUGGACAAUCCCCCUCCCUUCUUCCCUCUCCCACCCCGCAGCCCACGUCCCAUCUCCCUGACCUGAAGGAGUCCCCAGGCGCGGGUCCUGCUGGAAGGAGCCCCUUCCGUCCUCCCUGCUCCCUCCCUUGUGGCCUCCAGUCUCUGAUCUGGACACUUGGGGAAGCCCUGGAUGGCUUCUGGAAUCCAAUCUGGAAGGUGUGUAUGUGUGUGGUUGGGAAGACUCUGGCCUCAGAGAGUCCAGAACCAUGAGCCUACCCCAGCCCUACUCCUUAUUGAACAGGAGCAACUUGGAGCAUAGCCCCCGGGGAGCUGGGCCUCCCUCUCUCCCUGGCUUCCCCUUACCCUCAGAAGCCUUGACCUUGAGAGCCAGGAAGCAGCUGGGCUACCCCAGGACAGGGCAUCUGGGGUGACAGGGGUCCCAGCCCUGACUCCCAGCUCACCGGGGAGACCAAUGAAGCCGCCAGCUGAGACAGAAGUAUUGGUGUGAGCAGGCUGUGGGAAACUUUCCUCCCCGGGGGUGUCCCUGCCCCCUUCCUCCCUGCUGUGUGAUACCUUCAUGGUACCAAGUCCCCUCCUCAGCCAACCUCAUCUACUCAUACAUACCAUUCCUGCAUCAGAGAAAUUGACUGUGUUAUGGUGAGUUCCCCAACUCCCCAGUUUCCCUUUUAAUGUCUUAAGUCCCCCCUGGUCCUCCAUGCUUUGCUCCCUUCAGCCACUGGCACAAACUUAAUGCCAGCCGGCGGGUGGGUGAGAGAUGCCGCUGUCACCCUCCUGCCAACCUGCAGCCGCAAGCCCAGGGCUGCGGGUAGAUGCCCCGAGCUCUUAGGGCUAGGGGAAAGUCAUCAGUGACGGGGCACUGUUAGAGAAAGGAACGAAAUACGCAGGCACCAGCCUCUAGAACCCCUCCCUGCUACCUUGGGGAAAAUCCCUCCCCCCCAUGCUAGGCUGGCCAGAGGACCUGGGCCAGGGAUGGAGCUGGGAGGAUCUGAGUCAAGAUUUUCCUGAGAGAUUGGCUCUCAUCCCUCUCCCUGAUCCUUUCAGAUUCAUCCUCUUGGACCAAAGUGAGGUAGACGAGCAGCAAGCCCACGGGCUGCUCUCAGGGUUCCCCAACUGGGUCCCAACUCCUCCUGGGGAAUGGCAACAUCCUCCCCCUCCCAUUCGUUCCUUUCCUUGGAGCUGGGGGAGGGGCGGUCCCCGUGAGAGUCCCCAGAAUUUCUAGUUGUCUCUCUUGCUAGACAGAACCACCAGCUGGGACCCCAUUCCCGUAGCUUGGGGACGAGGCGAAUCAAAACACCCUCAAUCCGGAAGUCACUUCAGAGGCUGCCCAUUAUAGAGCUCAUUCCAGCUUAUCCCAGCUAGGAGGGAGGCAACACCAGGGAACAUUGUCAGGUGGGGGGGCUGGCUGUAGUCUGUGUUCUUCUCUCCCUCCCUGCCCCCAUCACUUAAUCUUCAACCAACCCAACUGGACCAAAAUCAGGAGCCCGGUCCUGGCCAGAGAGACCUGAGUUCAGAUCUCAGGAAGGUACCAUAGGGUUUAGAUCUGGUUCCCACCAAAUCUAAGGGAGAAUAUCUCCAGCCACAUUUCCCUUUGAGCUUCAGAGAGACCCAUGAGGUCUUGUGUGUCAUGCUUGGCUGAGGUUUUUGUGGGUGGCCGUGAAAUUCCAGAAAAGCGGCUCUUUCCCCUCACCUUAAAAAAAAACCAAAAACACCAAACAUUCUGACACACCAACAUCUAAAGGGACACAAACUCAUUUGAUCAACAUUCAUUUAGCACUUGUAUGCAAGGGAGUUUCCUUAUUCUAGAGAAAUUACAGAUCUCAGAGGCAGAGUCUAGAGUUCUGGUCUUGGGAGUCAGGAAGACCCGGGUUCAAAUCUGCCUCUGACACUUAAAUUCUGUCUAUGACCCAUACGUAGGCAACUAACUCCCUAGGAUUUGGGUACGAAGUCACAGAUGGGCUGAGAUCUGCCCUAGUGCGGGGAGUUUCCACAAUAGGAAUAUACUCUGACAGCACACAUCCUCUGCAUAGUCAAGCUCUGAGGGGCUAGUUUUCAUUUGGUAUCUAGCCCUGGCUUGAGACCCCACUUGCACCCCCAACCUCAGCCCUCCAAGGUCACUGGGGAGACGACUCCUGUUUUUUUUCUAUCCCCGGUGGUGUUUGGGUGGCAGUCGGUGUCUCCACUGAUGGGCAGCAGGCAGGGUCACUGAUCCCUAGGUCUUGUCCUUUAGAAGCACUAACCAGUUCUUUCCCAAGACCAUCUUGCUUCAGUCUCUGUGCUCCGCAGGGCCCUCUAGUGGCAGGGCAUCCAAUAAAAUAACCAAAGCUCUUAGUAGGCCAGCACUUACCCAGAUCCUCUUAGGCCCAUAGGGGUUAGAGCUGGAAGGGCCCUUGGGCCAAGUCCAGAGAAGGUUGUGACUUACCUUAGGUCACACGGGUAACAGUUGAUGGACUGGACUUGAACCCAGGUCACAGAAGGGAUGAUGGACUUAGAGCUGGUUGGGGCCUCGGAAGCCUUCUAGUCCAACCGCCUCAUUUGAUAGAUGGGGAAACUGAGGCCCAGUUCACACCAGUAGCAAGGCUGAAAACUCAGGUCCUCCGACUCCAAGCCCAGCUUCUCUUUGCACUAUAGUUCAGGUACUCUGCCUCCGGAUCCUUUCUUUGAUGCCAGGCUACCUCCCACCUGGCAUUGCCAGGGGACCGAGGCCAGCAGAAUACCCCGCUCCGGCCGUGCUGGUCCUCGUCUCCCCUCGCUAAGAACAGUUCUCCUUCCCCUGCUUGUUCACUGCUGCCUUCCUGCCACAUAGAACCUCAGUGAGACGUGAUGACAUCCCUAGUCCCUCUUCCCCUGUCCCCUGUGAUGCAAUGGGACAGGCCUUCUGGGUCCCAAGGCAACAAGCUUCUGAGCUGGUAAGGGUCCUUGCAUCAUCCAGUGCAGAUCCUCUCAUUGGAUUGGGAAGGAGGAAGUCGAGAUAAGGGUGAUGCUGAAAAUGCCCUUUGGUAACCCAGGGCUGCUAGGAGGGCUAUGCCCCCCGAACAGUGCCCAGGUGAGCCCCCCCCCCAUGUUUGGUGCAGGUUCACAUCCCCGAUGUGUCAAGCAAAGAGCAAUGGCAGAGGUCCCAGACCCCCCUGCCCCCUGGAUCUUUGAUGUUGUUUUCAUUAAAAACAACAACACGUGAAGGAAGCAUUUAACAAACUAAUCCAAGCUCAACUGCCCCUUUCCUUCCGUUAGGUUCUGGCCACUCUGUGACCCAGGGAGGGAAGGGUUAACCCAUUAAACACUCAUAGACGCCCUUCUGUGGAUGAGUGGGUGAGCUGAGUCCUAGAAUGGGAUGGGGACCAACACAGUACAAGUGGACGGCUGAGUCCUUUGGGAUGGGGCUGUGUCUGAUGAUUGGGAUGCUAAGAGUGCUGGAGAGAGAGAGUUGAUAAUGUCUCUUGGGGGGGGGGAGGAUCUUGGUUUUGUUUCAUUUGGAUCUUCCUCUGUUUAAACGUUGUACAAACUGAUGAGUUUCUGACUGUGUUGCUCGGGUCUGUUGCCAUGGAUCACAGCCUCCCUCCACCCCUCCUCUCCCUUCCCCUUCCUGAAACUUGAAUUGAUAAAGUGUGGUGAGUUCCUACUAAGAACAAUAAACUUGUGGCUGAGGUCUGGGACCCACUGGCCUGA